GUUCCAGGGGGGGCGGGAGGAAGGGAAGAGAGCGCGGGCCAGGAGCCAAUCCCGGGGAGGGGGCGUGGUCUGAUCGAGAGGCUCCUCCCGGCCACUCCUCCCUCCGCCGCUCAGUCCGCAAAGCCGCCGGCAGGUCUCGGGCACCUUUUCCCGCGCUUCGCCUCCUCAUCUCCGCCCGACCAGCCUCGUCAUGCAGCCCGCCAGCGGAGAAGCCGUCCCUCCCGGCGCCUUGCCUUCCGCCCCGCCGCGCAACAUCCAGAUCAGCAGGAUCAUGCGCCCUGAUGACGCCAAUAUCGCUGGGAACGUGCACGGCGGGACGAUCCUGAAGAUGAUUGAGGAGGCGGGGGCCAUUAUCAGCACCCGACACUGCAACUCUCAGUCUGGGGUACGUGCAGGAUCCGACCCCUACCUGGAGCGAUGUGUGGCCGCCCUGGCCCGGGUGGAGCGCACGGAUUUCCUCUCACCCAUGUGCAUCGGGGACGUUGCCCACGUCAGCGCCGAGAUCACCUACACGUCCAAGCACUCUGUGGAGGUCCAGGUGAACGUGGAGUCAGAAAACAUCCUGACCGGGGCCAAGAGGGUGACCAACAAGGCUACGCUGUGGUACGUUCCGCUGUCGCUCCACAAUGUGAACAAAGUGUUGGAGGUCCCUCCGAUUCAGUUUGCCACCAAGGAGCUGGAGGAGGAAGGGAGGCAGCGCUACGAGGAGCAGAAGAUGGAACGGCGAGAAACCAAGGAGCGGAACGGGGACGUCAUCCUGCCCGUCAUCCAUCCAGACAGGCAAACAAAAGAGCCCUACACCGUUGGCUACAGCCAGUCCAGCCUUAUCCACCUGGUGGGACCCUCCGACUGCACCAUGCAUGGAUUCGUACAUGGAGGUGUCACCAUGAAGCUGAUGGACGAAGUGGCCGGCAUUGUGGCCGCUCGCCACUGCAAGACUAACAUUGUGACGGCUUCUGUGGAUGCCAUCAAUUUUCACGAGAAGAUUAAGAAAGGCAGUGUGAUUACGAUUUCGGGGCGCAUGACCUUCACCAGCAACAAAUCCAUGGAGAUCGAGGUCUUUGUGGACGCCGACCCUUUUGUGGAGGAGCCUCAGGACCGUUACCGGGCCGUCAGCGCCUUCUUCACCUACGUGUCCCUCAGUAAGGAAGGGAAGCCCCUUCCUGUCCCCCAGCUGGCGCUGGAGACGGAAGAGGAGAGGCAGCGCUUUGAAGAAGGGAAAAGCCGGUACCUGCAGACCAAAGCCAAGCGCCAGGCAAAGAUCCAACCCCUGACUCAGCAGUGACUGCAGCUGGCCGGAGAGGGAGAGGAAGACCUUGACAUCCAGCAGCUUCUUCACGACAGGCACAGGCUCCCAGCAUUCCUUCGCAUUCACCUCCGGUGGUCUCUCUUCCAUUCCACAACUUCCUGGAUAAAAGAGGGGGGAAAGGAUAUCUAUCUAUAUAUAUAUGUACAUGUAUGCCAAAUUUAUUUAAUUAAUAUAUUGUGAAUAAAGGUGGUACGCCUUCAGCUAGAAGA